AUGCACUCUAUGUGCUCCCCUCUUAACUCUAAGCGCGACAACGCCGAAUUCCAGGUUGUGGACAACCGGUCGGUCAAGACGCGGUACAACAAGCGCAAGUACUUCCACCACAAGUGGCGGCGUCAGUACUACAACGCGCGGACGUACAAGGGCAAGCAGCGUGAGCAGCCGCGGACGGCGCUCACCAAGACCAACAAGACCAAGCCACAGCGCCGCAAGCAGCGAAUCAACUACCGUAACUCGUACAACUGGAAGCGGUACCAGAACAAGACCAAGCGGCCUAACUCGAUUCCGGUCUCGGAGGAGUGGGAGCAGGUCGACUCGAUUCCCUUUAAGGAGCUCAAUGACUUGGACGCCAUUGAGCAACCGCCCCAGGUCGAGGACGUGUACAAGUGCGGCAAGGUUCGCCCGUUCAACGCUGCGCUGCGCGGCGUGGACACCCGGAACCCGCUCAAGCUCCGUCAUGCGGCCGAGACCACGUUCCUCAACGUGUCGACGACCGAUGACCCCAUCAUCCAGUCGCUCGCCGAGCAGGAGGUGGCGCACGUCUUUAUGACCGACGAUAUCCUCGCUGCCCUCAUGUGCGCUUCGCGCUCGGUCGAUCCGUGGGACCUUGUGGUCAAGCGCAUCGGCGACUACGUGUUCUUUGACAAGCGCGAUGGCUCCAACUUUGACUUCCUUCGUGUCCGCGAGACUGCCGCCGAGCCCCCGAACGAGGACGACGGCAAGACGUUCAUCAACGCGCCCGAGCCGCUCUCGCGUGAGGCCACGCUCAUUAACCAGUAUUACUCGCAGCAGGCACUCGACGUCGAGGGCACUCCCAUCGACUUUGGCAACGAGUCGCCGUUUGCCGAGGACGCGUCUGUCGCCGAUGUUGGUUACACAUACCGCAAGUUUGAGUACGAGUCUUCGGAGACCGAGGUCGAGAAGAUCACGUUUGUGGUGCGGACCCAGGUCGACGCCUACACCAUCAAGUCGUCGGGCCGCAAGGCCAUGACUGUCCAUGCCCUCCACGAGUACGAUCCGACGCUUGACCUCAACUGGCGCUCGUCGCUCGACACCCAGGGCGGCGCCGUCCUGGCCACCGAGAUCAAGAACUCGGCCAACCGCCUGGCGCGCGUCACCGCCCGGGCCAUCGCUGCUGGCAAUGAUUUGGUUCACCUCGGCUUUGUCACGCGCACCAACCCCGCCAAGCACAUCGACCACUCGGUGCUCGGCACCCAGACUAUGCGGACUGAGACCCUCGCCCGCCAGCUGCAGAUCGUGCCCGAGGCCCUCUGGGUCUCGGCUGCCGCCAUUGUCGACUCGGCCCUUGCCCUUGGCGAGGGCACGUACGUCCUCAUGAAGGACGCCAACGAGUCGGUUCUCCGCUUCUUUGCCGUUCCGGACAACUUUGAGGAGGAGCUCGCUGCCGGCCCGUCGUUUGCGUAAAAGCUGCGUGUGGAAUGAAAUUCUGGACACAACUGGGAGUUUGCUUUGCCUGUGUGUCGGCUGCGC